CGAGGUCCUCGCAGCCUUGUCGCGCCUCCUUAUGCUACGGGCCGACUGCACGAUUGUUGUUGUGCCAGGCUUCGCUACCGUCAAGCCUCCCACGUCCACCCGUCCGCCGAGAGCAGCCCGGGCGCGCCCGCCGCGGCAAGGACAGGAAGGAGGGGGGGAGGAGAGAACGUGCACGAACAGAGGAGGGGUAAGGCGGCCGGGCGGCCCAUGGGCCGACCCCGGCCGGCGCCGGCGUCGCCCCGCGCGGGCACGGGGCGCAGACUCCGCAGGGGGCCCGCGGCGCACUUCUCGAGCGCUGGCGCAUCUUGCGGCGCUUCUUCUGCAGGCGGCGGGUGCGCUUCUUCUUCCACUUCCACCGGAACAUCGACCGGGCCUUCUUGUACGGGUUCGACUUGUGAGCCAUGGCCGCGGGCGCCGCAGGCUGCUAUGAGGGCUUGGGGCAGGAGGCU